UUCUACAUCUCUAUAAAUGGUGAGUCCUUCACCUAGAUUGUUCAUAUCUCCAGUGCUCAGCAGGUAUGGCACCGGUGACCGGCUCUCUCGUUGUUCUCAUUCUGUGCUGUGCAGGAGCAUUAGCAGACAACCAUGACAAAACAACACCACCAUCAGAGAAACCAGGAGAAUGCCCACCAACUAUACUACCAUUGUGUGAACCACCUUCUCCUAAUGAUUGCAACUCGGACAAAGAAUGUCAAGGAAACCUGAAGUGCUGCUGGCAGGGAUGCCAAAAAACGUGCACAGCUCCCAUCAUUGAGAAGCCCGGGGCAUGCCCAUCACCCUGGUUCGUGUGCUCACCUGAUGAUGAGUCACCUGAUGUGUUAUCUCGAGGAUGUAAAGGGGACAGUGAUUGUCCAGGAAACAAGAAAUGCUGCGUCAGAACUUGUUACCCAGAGUGCAUGGAUGUGUAAUAAGUGAUGUGAGGCGGCCGGAUGCAUCUCCGUCCCUCACAGCGGAGGACACAUCGCCGAUCAGCCUCCGUAAUUCUUCUCGCAGCUUUUCCUUCUCUAGUUGCAGAUAACCCUGGGAGGUGACAGCGGUGAAGACACUCAGGGCCGGAUCCGCUGCCCCAGGUGCUCAGUCUGAAUACACCCCCAUUAGAGGCAGAUUCCUCCUCCUUCUCAGCGAUCAUAGUGACAUUUAUCAAUGUAAUAAAGCAGAAGAUGAAAAAUGA